GGCGAGAUCCCCACCCACCAAGCGCGUCAGUUUCUCUUCCCCACCUCGACCGCGCAGGGCUAGGGCCUAGGGCUUCGUUGCGCCGCCCCCUACGCCGCCCAUCACCAUCUCCCCCGCGCUCGUCGGCUUCGCCCUCGCGUGCCUUUGCUCCGCCGCGCUCUCCCAUGGCCCGUCCCGAGGAUUUGAAGGACGAUCUGGUCCUCGAGAUCAGCCGCCGCCUCCCGUGUCGCCUCGACCGGGCCUCGAUGGCGGCGACCUGCCGGACCUGGGAGGCCGCGCUCACCAGGGAAGCGGCGGCCGCCCUGCUGCGGCAGCUCCCCGUGCUGUUCUUCCCCAAGGCGGAGGGGCCCUCAUUCUCGUGCCUCUCGUGCGGCGGGGCGUUGCACGACCUCGCCCUCCUCCCGUACGGCAUCACCGGGGCCCGCCUCAUCGGCUCGCGCCCGAGCUCGUGGUGGUUCGCCGCCACGGGCUUCCUCAACGGCCAUGUGCUUAGCAACACGGCCACUGGCCAGCAGAUCCAAGUUCCUGAUUCCAUGAGAUUUGGGCGUGGCGACAAGAUCAUCGUCGUCCAAAUCCUCGCUGCUAAUGUCUCUGCAAUCCCCAAUGAUCAGGUACCAGCCGCUCUGUGCUACGGUGCCGCUCUGGUCAAGCGUGGGGCGUUUCCUGACGUCAUGUUCUGGAGGUUACACCAGCAGAUAGGAUUGAGCUCGCGCAGUGUUGCCUUCGACUGGGCAAGGAGGGCUGCUGAUGUUAUACAUCACAAUGGUGUGUUCAAGUUCCUUACACAGGACGAGAGACUUGUCUUUGUUGUCCCGGAGAUUACAGAUGGAGAUUUGGAGCUUCACGCGGAUGUGUGGGCGCCCGCUGUGGAUGUGCCGGGGGUUGAACCGCUUGAGGAACACAUUGGAAUUGACGCCCGCUAUCUGGUGGUCUCACGUGGUGAGCUUCUUAUGCUCAGGAGGUACCGCGUGAUGAAGUGGUGGACAGAGUCGUUUAGGGUGUAUCGUCUCGAGCGGUUGCACUUGGGCCAGAGCCCUGAGGAAGAUCAUUACACAUGGGUCGAAUUAACAGAACUUGGCGGGCGUAUACUCUUUGUGGCUAGAGGCUGCUCCAUUGCUUUUGAGGUUCAAGACUUCGCUGAAUAUCCUGCAGCCGUGGAGGGGGUCUACUUCAAGGGAGAUGUGGACGAGUUUACAGAUGGCUGGUGUGCAAUGGAGACGCUUGGGCGCGCAACAAUGCUGAGUGACUGCGGGAGGUGGUCCUUCCCUAGGAACAACGAUCCCUGUUUCGAAAUCCCAGAUCAGGUGGAUGGUACUUUCGAGCACUCUGCUGCUGCAUGGCUUUUUCUGUGAUGUAACUGGUCAGGUACUGAGCCUGGAGCAAGAGGAGGGUGGCCCGUGGGAUAAUCGGAUUACAGCCUUGCUUACUUACUGAGCUGUAGUGUUUUUGGACCUUCUACUUGUCUUGUUACCUGAAUUCACCUUCGCUGUGUCCCUCACUGAACGGUUGACCCCUUUACGAACAGUUAACCUUUGUCAUCUCUAUGCUCCUUGAGAUGAAUGGUUUAGCUUUCUCUAAAUGAAUGUAUGCGGUGACUGUUGGUCUGUUGCAAUUGUUACCAGGUUUUAUAACUGAUUUCUUGAAUCUUUUGAGC